AUGGAGCUUCAAGGACAAUCUCCCAGUUCACCAUAUGACCCGACACAGUUCAUGAACGGGAAAGACCCUGAAACAACUGUGGUCGAGUUAGCGAAUCUUCUCAAGAAAACCGUCGACGAGAGAAACGCUUCCCGGAGAUGCCUUUCGCAGGCUAUAAAAACAAUAACUGAUCUCAAAUCCCACAUUGAAGAGCACCGUUCCAUCAUUAUGGAAAGCCAAGCAGCCCUGGCCGAAUGCACACGCAAAAGUAGCAGCUAUCUCUCGUUUCUCAUGGCCGUUGAGCCAAGAUGGAUACAGGAUACUUGGGUCUCCUUCCCCGCUAACGAGCCACUGCUGGGGGUAGCUGAAUACAAAUGGGCCCGAGGGGAAUCGCAGCAUGCGUUGAAUGAACUUUGUCUCCUGAGAAAGAGUCUAAACCCAGCCGGGCCUGACUGGAUACAAACCUUCCCUCUCGAAGGUGCUAUCUUGCUUUCCUCCGGCCAAUACACAGAAGCUCGGUUUUCCAUCUCUGAUGUUAUCUUACCUUGCCCCACCAUAGAGGAGCAGAAUCCCGACGUAAUCCGUAAUUUCCGUGACAUUGCUCACUUCUUACUGGGAAAGAUAUUUAUGGCGGAAGGGAAAUGGAGCGAGGCGCGUAGGGAGUUCUCUGAGGUCAUCCAUGUGCUUGAGUACAGCACCAGAGCGCUUCAGCUGAAGACCAUCUCACGCCAGAAAUCAAACAACAAGAGAAAACCGCAUUCUCUGUCAGGCUCCGCUUCUAGGGAUGAGGAGUCAACUCGCCUUGUCAUCGACUAG